CCGGGCGCGGGGAGCAGCCAGGCCGGCGGCCCGGUUGAGGGGACCAGGCGGCCUGCCCACGCGCUCCGGCGGCCACGCGGCAGCUGCAGGGCGCGCGGAGCUCCGACCGCCGGAGCCGGGGCCGGAGCGGGGCCGGAGCGGGGGUGCGUGCUCGGCCCAUGCUGGCGUCCGCCGAGCCGGGAUGAGGGCGCCCGCGCUGCUGCCGCCCGCGCUGCUGACCUGCUGCGGCUGGCUGCUCGCCCCCGUGAACAGUGUUCACCCAGAAUGUCGAUUUCAUCUGGAAAUACAGGAGGAAGAGACAAAAUGCACAGAGCUUCUAAGGACUCAAACAGGAAAAUACAAAGCCUGCACUGGUGUCUGGGACAACAUUACCUGCUGGCGCCCCGCGGACAUCGGCGAGACCGUCACUGUGCCCUGUCCCAAAGUGUUCAGCAACUUUUACAGCAAACCAGGAAACAUAAGCAAAAACUGCACGAGUCACGGCUGGUCAGAGAUGUUUCCCGACUUCGUGGACGCGUGCGGCUACAGUGACGCCGAGGACGACAGCAAGAUCACGUUCUACGUUCUGGUGAAAGCCAUUUACACGCUGGGCUACAGUGUCUCUCUGAUGUCCCUUACCACCGGGAGCUUCAUUCUGUGCCUCUUCCGGAAGCUGCACUGCACCCGGAACUACAUCCACCUGAACCUGUUUGUCUCCUUCAUCCUCCGAGCCGUCUCCGUGUUGGUCAAGGACGGGGUGCUGUACUCCAGCUCGGGCACAGGGCACUGCCCCGACCAGCCGUCCUCCUGGGUCGGCUGCAAGCUGAGCCUGGUGUUCUUCCAGUACUGCAUCGUGGCGAACUUCUACUGGCUGCUGGUGGAGGGACUGUACCUCCACACCCUCCUGGUGGCCAUAUUCUCCCCCAGCCGGCGUUUCGUGGCCUACCUCCUGAUUGGAUGGGGCAUCCCCACCGUCUGCACAGCUGCGUGGACGGCAGCCAGGCUCUCCUUAGAAGACACAGGUUGCUGGGAUACCAAUGACCACGGUGUCCCCUGGUGGGUUAUACGGACACCGAUUCUGAUAUCGAUUAUAGUCAACUUUGUCCUUUUUGUGAGUAUCAUACGGAUUUUACUACAGAAGCUGACGUCCCCAGAUGUCGGCGGCACUGACCCGUCACAGUACAAGAGGCUCGCCAAGUCCACGCUGCUGCUCAUCCCACUGUUCGGAGCCCACUACAUGGUGUUUGCCGUGUUUCCUAUCGGCAUCUCCUCCAAGUAUCAGAUUCUGUUCGAGCUGUGCGUGGGGUCAUUUCAGGGCCUGGUGGUGGCUGUUCUGUACUGCUUUCUCAACAGCGAAGUGCAGAGCGAGCUGAAAAGGAAGUGGCGCGGCCUGUGCCCCGGAUGGCCCUGCGGCCUGGACCACGGGCUCCGCCGCGCGUCUGUCUCGAGGAACGACUCGGAGAACGCCCUGCAGUUCCACCGCGGCUCCCGUGCCCCAUCCUUCCUGCAGACGGAGACCUCGGUCAUCUAGACGGGUGCCCCAUUGCAGAUGGACAGAUGUGGGCAGCCGCAGGCCAGGAGAGCCUGCGCGGACAGAUGUGGGAGCCCCAGCGGGAGAGCCCUGGCGGGUGACUCAGGGGUGACUCCACAGAGCUGGUCUCUGCCUGUCCCCUCCGUGGAGCUGGGGUCCCGUGGGCACCGGCUGGGACUUCAGUCUGAUCCCUGUUAAACGUCAGUGUGUAGGCAGUUUUGCUCGUAAUGCUGUUUGGCCAAGUAGGGGGACCUGUUUUCAGAGAGAACAGGGAGACGACGCGGUCUCUGAAACGGGACACAGUGGCCCAGAACUUGGCUCCAUCCACUCCACCCUGGAAGGAAUGAAGGUGGGUUUCUAAUGGUGCCAGUUCUGGACAGGGGGCAAAGGCCUGAGCUGGGGGCUGGAGCGUCCCCCUGCAUGACCCCCAGCUCUGGCCUCCCCUGCCCAGUCCUCAGUAGGGCAGCAUUCUCAUCUGCCAGACACAGGCACGUGCAGCAGAGCCUGCCCCUGCUGGGUGCCCCUGCUCGUCCCCACCUGGCCCAGGGCCACCCCUACCUGCUGGUCCACCAGGAAAAGUGCAGAGAAGAGUGUCAGUUCACAACGGCAGCGAGUGGCGUGUCACCCUGCGAGGGCACCGAGCCUAAUGAGACUCCCCCUGAGACCACGUCAGGCCUCCUCCCCCCGCAGGCGUGAGAAGAUUGGGUAACCUGCGGCCCAGCUUGUAGGACCUGGUCAUCAGGGCAACUACGACACCAGGCAUUUUAUCUGGAGCAGAAAGCUGUUUUCCUUUUAAUGAAAUAAUCUUUUAAUGAAAAUAAUUUUAAAGUCCAUUUCUGCUUAAACGGAGGUUAUUCAAACAAAAUAUAAAAACGUGUUGAGCGCUUCUGUCCAACCGUGGCAAGCAGCAGCCCCAGUUUCCAGUUCCCCCGAUGUCUGCAGAUUCGGGAGCUGGUCUGAGUGCUGAGCAGCUGCAGAGACGGCAGGCGGCCGGCGAGGAGAGGGCGCCCGCCCCCAUGCCGGGCCGGCCUUGCAGCACCGGACAGACGGACGAUCUGCCCAUACCCCGUCCAGCUGCCCCAGCUGCUGCACUCAGCAGUUCGACCCCAUUUAUGUUCCUGGCGCCCCCAAACCUGAGGCCAUGAAGUCUUCUUCCUGAGGCGAAGCCUGGACAAACAGGGACAGCAGAGCGGCUGUGUGCAGAGGUCCCUGAGCUGGGGCCCCCACCUCAGAUGAGUCACUGUCACCAGAUCCCCAUGACCACUGAAAGCCCGACCCGGGCUUACGUGGGGCCAUGGCUUGUGCUCAGCCCCGGACGUGCCUCUUCCUUGCUGGCCUGCACCAAGGCCCGGCAGGCGUGGGCGGGUCUGUCUUGCCUGGGAAAGGGGAGGAGGCCGGGAGAGCAAAUGUCUCCUAAGAGCAGCGCGGGGUCAGCACACUGGUCCUGACCUGCUGUAGUGUGGGGGGGACGUCCACAAUCACUGGGUGCAGCACUUCAGGAAAACCUGAGCUCCUGUCCAGAGGCUCUAGACUGACUGGUCUGCAGGUCCCGGGCCCUCGGCUGCCACGCGGAGGGCAGACUCACCGUGCUCAGCGGAGGCCGUCCCCGUGCCCCGAGCUCUCCCUGCAGGCCCAGCAAGCUGCACGGAGGAAGGCAAGCAGAGCCCCGUGGCGCCUUCAAGGCCCUGGAAGCCGCCACCUCUCCCGGGGCGCUGAGGCCGCCGGCCAGGUUGCCCUCCUCAGGGCACUCAGGGCAGCGGAAGUAGCCACCCAGCAUGCAGCGGCUCCGGCAGCCACCCUAGCUGAGAAGCAGGGGCAGGGCUGACACACAUGUGCACGCCUGUGUGUGUCUGCGAGUGCCCCGACCCCGUGCGCCUCGGCCCGUAAGAUCUGCGUCAACACCGUCUGUGCUCAGCCCGCGCUCCCCUCCGGAGGAGCAGGGUACGCCGUGGAAUGCAGACUCUCAGAGCCAGGUUGGAGGCCCACCGGGGAGGAGGGCAGCCUCGGCGCAGCGCCAGGUUGUGGGGGAGGGUGUCCCCGGGAGACCAGGGAGGACCACGGUCCCGACGCUCAAGGAAGACAGUGGUGUGGGCUUGCGCCCCCGCCACGCUGAAGGAGACCCUCUCCACGGCGGGCCUGCUCCUUUCUUAGCAAAAAAGGCAGCUUUUAAGGGGCCUUUUUUCAGGUGUUCAAGUAACAGGCAGAACAGUCACUGGCCCGGGCUCCCCCGUCCCUCCCUCCCGAUACAAGCCGAGGUGUCGCACGAGCAUUUGUGCGCACGCCCAGGGACUCCCCCAGAACAGGGUCUCCCACGUGCUGGGCACAGCCCAGCGCAGUGGACCAGCGGCGGCAGGUGCAGCUCCCUCGGUGGCAGCUGGGACGGUCCCCACCCACCAACCCCAGCAUCGCUGACAUUUCCUCUCUUCUGGGCCCCAGUCUGCCGGCCUCCAGGCACGGCACAGGAGCACCUGCCCCUUGGUUCUGCAUUAAUGCGGAGCCUGAUCUCCCAUGAGACGGCCACC